UUCAUUCAGACGCCAGCAACAACUUAGAAAAUGGCGUCCGUGUGUUUCCAAAAGUUACGUGUAGUGACAAAACAGUGAAUAAAAAAAACUAGCGGUGCAAAAUGAGUGAUAAGUAAAUGUAAUGUAGUUACAGUAAUACUAAUUACUGAGUGGUUCAAAAUGACAGCUAACAUGUAUAGGGUUGGAGACUAUGUCUACUUCGAGACAUCUUCGACGUCUCCUUAUCAAAUUCGUCGGAUAGAAGAAUUAAACAAAACAGCGUCGGGUAACGUGGAAGCCAAAGUGAUGUGUUUCUACCGACGGAGAGACCUACCAAGCCCGUUAAUUCAACUUGCUGAUAAACACCAAA